AUGGACACCACCGUCGUCGAUCAAAAAGGCAACGCUGGUCUAGCAAUGAAGCUGCCAGGUGCACCAUUGAAUCCACCGAUGAUCGAUUCAACCGAGGAUCCACAUCCGAGCCUGUCCGAUUGGCACGACUACGAACCGAACCUGGAGUUUGAUGACACCGAACUGUCCCACCCAUCGCCAGAACCGGGGGCGACAACCGUGUUCGAUGAUAUCAACUAUUCCGCCGAAUUCGAAAUCCCUUCAGAGGACGAAAUCAUCAAAACCACUCUCGAGGCGGACAACUACGAGGAACAGCUGACGAUGGUUGGGCACGACGAGAACGCCAUCCGGAAGGAUUUCAAGCGACGAAAAUUCAUCGAAUUCAUCGGCACGGAUAAGCAGGGCCAGCCGAUCAUAGCGAUCUACGCCUGCCGGUUGCCGGAACGGAAAGAUCUGAACUCGAAUAUUUUUAUUGAUUUUAUUAUCAAAUCGAUGGAAGAAUUCGUCCAGAAUGACUACAUCAUCGCGUACUUCCACCAGGGCAUGAAGGAUAACAGCAAACCAGCGCUCCAGUUCCUGUGGAAUUCCUACAAAGAGCUCGAUCGAAGCUUUAAGAAGAAUUUAAAGAAACUUUACGUGGUCCAUCCAACCACAUUCAUCAGAAUGGUUUGGUUCUUCUUCAAACCGAUCAUCAGUGAAAAAUUCAAGAGCAAACUUAUCUACACCAGCAGUCUGGACGAGCUGAAGCAAUCGCUCGGGCUGAACACACUGAAGGUGCCGGAUCCCGUGCGAGAAUUCGACGAAAAGAUCAACAACGGCACCCGUUACACGCUGCGGGGCAGUAAAUCUAGUCUGAAGAGUAGCCGGUCACUCGAGAACCUGCCCAAGUCGGCACAGUUCGGUGUGUCGCUGCGGUUCAUCAUCGAAAAUAGCGCCUGCCUCAACUGUAUACCGCCGAUCGUGCGAAAAUGCGUCGACCAUCUGUCACUACCGGACGUGGUCGAAACGGAAGGUAUUUUCCGCCGGUCCGGCAACUACGCACGAAUAAAAGAGCUCCGCGCCAAGAUCAACGCAGGCGAAGAGGUGCAACUAUCCAACGAAGACACGCACGUCGUGGCCUCGCUGCUGAAAACGUUCCUGCGCGAGCUCGAAGAGCCACUGCUCACCUACGAGCUGUACGAAGACAUCACCCAGUUCAGCGAGUGGAAAACGGAGGAGCAACGGUCACGCAACGUGAAGCAGCUGUUGCGCGAACGGCUACCGGAGGAAAACUACGAGCUGUUCAAGUACAUCGUCGAGUUUCUGGGCAAAAUAAUGGAGCGCAAAGAUUUCAACAAAAUGACCUCCUCCAAUCUCGCGAUCGUGUUCGGCCCGAACCUAAUCUGGCCAAAGCAGGAACAGAUGUCGCUGGACGAGAUUGGCCCGAUCAAUGCGUUCAUUGAUUACGUGCUGCAGCACCAGGACGACAUCUACUUUGUGGAUAUCAACAAAAAGGAUCGUGGUGCGUACGAUUAA